AUGCAGCAAGUGGCAAAAUUCUUUGAGGUUGAGGAAGUUGGACAGUAUGAUUCAUCUCCAUUGUCCUCAGAGGAGCAAGAGUGUGAAGAUCACUUCGCACUGACAGUCAAAAGGAACUCUGAGGGGCGAUUCAUCGUGAGGUUUCCUCUUCGGGACAAUGUUACUGAACUAGGGAGCUCAAGAUUCAUCGCUGAACAGCGCUUCAAGCAAGUGGAGAAGAAACUCAAUCGCAAUCCAAUUCUGAAGCAACACUACAUGGAUUUCAUGCAGAUGUACCUGGACUUGGGGCAUAUGAGGCCAUUGCCGGAUGACUAUACGUCAUCCCAGCCAGAGUAUUACCUCCCACACCAUGCAGUGGUCAGGAUGUCAUCGUCAAGUACCCCUGUCCGUGUUGUCUUCGAUGCAAGCUGCAAAACAACCUCAGGACUUUCCCUCAACUCCGUUCUGAAAGUGGGUCCUCGCACUUAG